AUGGUGAUUGCCGGUGCGCCUGAGCCGUCGCCAGAGCUCGUUGCCGCCUGGUCGGCAAUGGUCGCCAAGCCUCAGUCUGAGCCCGAAAGGGCGACCACGGCGACGAAGCCCCCUCUGCCUCCGGCUCCGAAGCCCUCGACAACAUCCUCUGAAAAGAUUCCUCACCCCGGACCCGCGGCUCUCCUUGUCGCGGAUGCGCCUGGUUCAACUGCGACUGUUGUCGCUCAGGCUCCUGCAACCGCUACUGCUGUGCCGUCCGCCCCGGCUUUGCCAACUCCUGCCUCUGCCUCGUCCCCGCAGGCGGCGUCCGCCACCACUGGCGGCCCGGCCUCGUUGGUUGCGCCGCCGGUUGGGGAUCCGGCUGCCCCCGUUGUGCCACCGACUGCUCCAGUGGCGCAGCCGUCUCGCCCGCCGUCGCCUGCCCGCCGCCCAUCUCGCCCCCAUUCUCCCGCUCCCCACCAGGAUCGUGAGUCCUCACGGCGCCGGCGCAAUUCUCCCCGUCGCCACCAUCCGCAGGCCCAGUGGCACGCGAACCGCAACGGUCGCGGUGGCUGGUGGGGUCCCCACGGUCGCGGAGGUGGUGGGGCGUACGAUCCGCCCGUGAGGAUGGCGGAUCUGCAGCGGGCGGUGUCAACUGUGGUGCGUGAGGAGAGGGCCGCCCUGACCCAGGGCAGCUCUCACGAUGUCAUGGCCCAUGCUGCUCCUCGACAGGCUGUGCUUCCUGAGAAUCCGCCGCCUGCUGCACCAGUCCCUCAUCGGAUUCCGACCCCAUCGGCUCCCGCUGCUUCUGCCUCCGCUCCUGUUCCUGGGUCUCGGCUUCGUCUGGCGCCCGUUCCGCCAGUGGCGGGAGUCGAAUUUGUGGCGGGAGGAGGAGCGCAGUAUCCUCAUCCCGGAGUUGGCGGUUCAGCAACUCUUGCCCUCGAGGAGCCGUUUUAG